AUGAAUCGUUUGUUCCGAGUUUUACAGCAGUCAGUUUCGGCGGUACACGAGGGUCGUCUCCUGAGGCGUGCAACGCAGUUUGGUGCUGAGGCGAAGUCUCGUUUGGUGGCAAGUUCUGCAGAACUUGUACUUACAGAAAAUUGUGUCAGACGGCUUCAUGAGGUACUGGCUCCUGAUGAAUACCUACGAGUUAUGGUGGACAGCGGUGGUUGUUCCGGGUACGAAUACAAGUUCGAAAUCGUAAAGCAGUUCGAUGCAGUCGACGAUCAUGUAUUUUCGAACAAAAACGCCAGAGUUGUUAUCGACAGUACAUCGUUGGAGCUGAUGCAUGGCGCGACGUUAGACUUCCAGAACGAAUUAAUCCGAUCCGCAUUUCGAAUUGUAAAGAAUCCUAAUGCUUCAAAGGGGUGCUCUUGUGGUUCCUCGUUCGCGCUAAAAGAUGAACAACUCUGA